AUGCAGUACUACCUUGCCAUCGCUCUUCUUGCCGCGAACAUCGCCGCUGCCGCCCGCGGAAGGCCCAUUCGCGUUGCCUUUGAGGGCAACGUCAUCUUUGGGGAUAAGACUCUGGACAGCCAGCGUCAGCAGGUUCACGACGCUCUCGAGUCUGCCUGCAAGGGUAUCGGAGCUCAGGGCGCCGACCCCCUGACUGGUGGAUUCGACGGCGAAGGAUACCACUUCAAGUACAUCUGCAGCUGUGCUCACGGCGACACUGGCUUGCCUUACGUCGUCCGCCCUGACAACUGGUGGUCUGCCCAGGCCACCAACGCCGGCAGCUGCUAA